AUGGUGUCCAGGAUUUACUGUAAUCUGGAGAGAACUGCUCGUGUUCAUUUUGCUCCAUCGUCAGAUCAAACUCCCAUUACAAAGAAAACUUCUGCUUUUGAGAAUGGGAACCUAUCUCGGAAAAUCUCUAGUGCAAGCUCCCUUGGAAGCUUGGAAGAAAGCCACUUUCUGCAAGCAUCGUUGGACUCAUCUGAUAGUAUUUCUGAUAGGAGAAACCCAGGAGAACUAAGUAUGAGUCCUUACUAUGUGAAAAGCAUGACAAUCAGUUCUUUUGAAGCUGCACUUUGUCAGAAGGAGGCUGAACUUGCUUCAUACAUGUCACGUCUGGCAUCAAUGGAAUCUAUCUGUGAUUCUCUUGCUAACGAGCUGGUCAAAUCUACCCUGCAAUGUGAGAAGUUGCAUGGGGAGGCUGCUGUAUUACCUGGCUUACGAUCAGAGCUAGAAGCACUAAGGAGGAGGCACUCUGCUGCUUUGGAAUUGAUGGGCGAAUGUGAUGAAGAGGUAAUUCUAACUUUGCCAACCUCUGCUUUCUUCCUAGGUCUAAUUUCUUAGACAUAAUUUGGUUUUUGGAUUCCUGACCUAGUGGCCUGUCUGCCUAUUCAAUCUGUAGGGAAAUCAUUGCCAUCCUAUGGACUAAUUCUUAAGUUUGUUUUCUGAUAAUUUUUCUUGUGUUUGAAAUACUUUAGGGUCCAGACAAGAGUAUGGCACUUCUGAAUCGUGACCUAUUCAGAAAAUCUGAGAAAUCAAAUGAAAGAAAAAUGCUAAACAAACUAGGCCAUAAAUACAAUAAUGGGUGAAAGAAAAGAAAAUAAUCUCU